GUGAUUGGAGAGAAAAUUUAUUUAUUGAUUGUAUAAACAUUUCCAAUAAGAAAUUUGUUUCCUUUUUAAAAUACAGUUUAACAAUUUAAAAAUAGACAAAAAUAUGAACUCUAUAGGUGAGGAUUGCAAUGAGCUGAAAACAAAGUAUGACACUUGUUUUAAUCAUUGGUUCAGUGAGAAAUUUCUUCGUGGAUCAACCGAUGAUUCAGCUUGUAAAGAAUUAUUCAAAAUGUAUCAAAAGUGUGUUCAGGAUGCCCUUCAUGUACAUCAAAUCGAUAUAAAAGACCUAAAACACAACCAUAUCGAUGGGACUGAGUUUGAAAACUCUAAAACUGAAGACAAACCAAAAGUAGAAGCACAAUCCAAUGACACGAGCUGAUCCGAAUUUGAUCAGAUUGCUAUGAGUUUCACUUAUUCUUGAAUGAGAAAACAUAACAACUUUAAACUGUUUGCUAACUACUUCAUAUUUCCAAAAGUUCGAAAAGAAAGGAUUAAGGUUUUAAUUGAAUAAAAAUUUUAUUUCAGAUUAAAAA